UAAUUAAAGAAAAGAGGGGAGUCGUAUAUGGAAAGGAAGUAGUUGUCUGUUACGCGGGGUUGGGUAGACAUUGGUGCGAUUUGCUCUGUUUUCCAUGGCGGGAGCCUCAUCACCGGCGAGUUUGAGAGCCUCUCGUAGCGGUCGGCACGGGAAGGAUACGGUUCGAUCCGAUCUCUUCAAAAGUCCUACAAUUCCAUUCGUAUUCGCGCUAAUUCUCUCUGAUGCAAUCCUCGUCGCACUUAUCAUCGCCUAUGUUCCAUACACGAAGAUCGAUUGGGAUGCUUACAUGUCACAGGUUAGUGGGUUUCUCGGGGGAGAGAGAGACUAUGGGAACCUGAAAGGUGAUACAGGGCCAUUGGUUUACCCGGCCGGUUUCCUCUAUGUUUACUCUGCAGUGCAGAGCUUAACUGGAGGACAAGUCUACCCAGCUCAGAUACUUUUUGGUGUUCUCUACAUUGUCAAUCUGGCUAUCGUCCUCUUCAUCUAUGUCAAGACUGAUGUGGUGCCAUGGUGGGCGCUAAGUCUACUAUGUUUAUCCAAGAGAAUACAUUCAAUCUUUGUUCUCCGUCUCUUUAAUGAUUGUUUUGCCAUGACUCUCCUACAUGCGUCUGUGGCUCUCUUUCUCUAUCGUAAAUGGCACCUCGGGAUGGUUGUUUUCAGUGGAGCUGUUUCAGUAAAGAUGAAUGUACUUUUGUAUGCCCCACCGUUGUUACUUCUGCUACUAAAGGCCAUGAAUAUAGUUGGAGUGGUGUCCGCUUUAGCUGGUGCAGCUCUUGUUCAGAUACUCGUGGGAUUGCCCUUUCUGAUCACAUAUCCGGUUUCAUACAUAACAAACGCUUUUGAUCUUGGGCGUGUUUUUAUUCACUUCUGGUCUGUUAACUUCAAAUUUGUAGCAGAACGACUUUUUGUGUCCAAAGAGUUUGCAGUAUGCUUGCUCAUUGUUCACCUUUGUCUUCUUGCUGCGUUUGCGAAUUAUAAAUGGUGCAAGCAUGAAGGCGGGAUUAUAGGCUUCAUGCGUUCUAGGCAUUUUUUCUUGACGCUUCCGUCUUCACUCUCGUUCAGUGAUGCCUCAGCCUCAGGGAUUCCUACGAAAGAACAUAUUGUCACGGCCAUGUUUGUUGGGAAUUUCAUUGGAAUUGUAUGUGCUCGCUCUCUGCACUACCAGUUCUACUCAUGGUACUUCUAUUCGCUGCCUUACCUGCUAUGGAGAACACUAUUUCCCACUUGGCUACGGUUGGUCUUGUUCGUUAGUAUAGAGCUCUGUUGGAACGUGUAUCCAUCAACACCAGCCUCCUCGGGUUUGCUAAUGUGUCUACACUUAACCACCCUAAUGGGUCUCUGGUUUGCUCCUUCAGACAAUCCUUACCAAGUCAAAGAAGACAAAAACUCCCAAAGACACAAAAAGCAUAUUUCUGCAAAUCUUGGUCUAUUAAAACAUGUCUUUUCAGUACGAAAUGUCUUAAAAAAAAAAACACUACAAGCCGCGCGUGAUAUUCUUGUCGUUCCCAUCUCAACCUUCUUCUCCUUGGCGGACCCUGUUUCCAAUAGCUAACAAUGGUGGUGAGCUAACAAUGGUGGUGACUGGUACAUACCUGGACUUGACAAAGGAAAAGCAAUGUACCUUAAUUUUGUAAAGGCGGAAACAUCAACUCCUUGUGGUAUACCAAUCAGAGCUGUCCUCACUAGUUACUACAAGAGCAAGCAUUUCCAAUGUAGACCUUAUGAUCCAUUCAACGACUUAACCAGUCCGAUCCAAACCAUCCUUUGUGAAGACAGCAACCAAAGCAUGUACUGUCAGCUACUAGCCGCUCUGAUUCAGCGCCACAAAGUGAUGCGUUUGGGAGCUGUCUUUGCUUCAGCGUUUCUCCGUGCAAUCUCUUAUCUUGAGCAGAAAUGGAGUGAGCUCUGUGAAGACAUCCGCAGUGGUCGUCUGAAUCCCAUGAUCACCGAUCCAGGGUGCCAAACCGCAAUGUCUAGUCUUUUAACGUCGCCGAAUCCAGAGUUAGCU